AAUCAGCGGCCUGAUACCGUUCCACAAUAUUUGUUAUAAUUUCCCGGCAACGGGUGCAAGAAGCGCUGCUACACGAAUCCCGUAAAGUCACAUUUUCAUUGUAUACUGCGCAUCGCGAUCAGUGCCGAGGUAAAGCCACAUGUCAACGAGUUGUCAACGCUAGCGAAAAUUGGUUUUAAUGAUCGGUUAUCGAUAAUUCACCGAUUCUCCAAGUGGUGCUUAUCAUUUUUUUUUUUUUCGCGUGUCGAUGGCGAACGAAGCCACGAGCUGCGAGGAUAUGAGUCUCUCGACGCAUAACGAUGACUUGGUGUCCGAAGGGGAUGAACGUUCAACGAAGCAGUUCACGUUCGAAGAGAACCACGACCCAUACGAGACGAAAGCAUACUUGCAUCGAAAGUUUCCCGGUUUCGAAUUCAGCAAAACUUUCUUCGUCGUGCUCAGCCUGGUGGUGACGAUCUUCGUAAUCGGUAUCGUCGUCAUAGCGGUCAGCUUCAAAAGCUCAGUCGAUCCGAGCAAAGCGAGCAGCCAACAGCCCAACCUAGCGCGUUCGCUCGUCCUGAGCAGCAGCGCCGACGACAACCUGUGGAUCUUCGAAGUCGACAAUGGGAAGCACAGGGUCUUGCAGAAGACAAUCGACAAGGUAGUCGCCCUUGACACCUACGCCGACAAAACCGUUUUCUGGAGCGAGACCAAUAACGUUUCGAGGAUCGCGUCUCUGGCCGAUCGCGGCUUCCCGAACGUCAACCACAGCCUGAGGUGGAAGCCUCAGGCUGUGGCCCUGGACUACGUGACCGAGAAGAUCUACCUGAUCGACAGAGAGUCUGGCACUUUGAACGUCAUCGAUGCGACGGAUAGCGAGCGUUAUGGUGUGGUGAUGUCCAAUCUCGUUCAACCAGUGGAUCUGGCACUGGAUCCAGCGGAAGGACUCCUGUUCGUAGUACAACGAUCUUUGUCGAUAAUCCGAGCAAACAUGGAUGGCACUUCGUCGCGGCCUAUAAUAGAGAGUCCAAAGAUCUCAGCCCUGAGCAUCGACCGCAAGGCCACUAGACUCUACUGGGCCAACGACAAGGUCUCCAUCGAAUCCUCGGACUACGACGGCAGAAACCGCCAGCAAGUGAGCCCCAUUCCAAUGAGCGUGCGUAGUUUGGCCAUCUUCGAGAACCGACUGUUCUGGACGCGCGACAACCUCCCGGACGACGACUUCGUCUGCCCUUGCACUAACAUGCUCUGGUCCUGCACGAUAAUCCGCAAGAGCUGCGCGAAUCUGACGUCCCACAGGCUAAGCUUCCAAUCACCGGCUGUAGUCCGCACAGGCCUGGACCAGCAGCGCCGACAUGCUCAGAACAACCCUUGCCAGGGCGCCUCCAACGGCGGCUGUCAGCAAUUGUGCCUGCUGACUUCGCGAGGAAGCCACGACUGCGCCUGUCGCGUCGGCUGGCAGCUGGAGAAGAACGGCCGCAACUGCACCCGAGUAGGCAGUCUCCUGCUGUACGUCCAGGGCAGCUUCGUCAGGGCCAAAGUACUCGGUAGCAAAGUAGCUGCGCCGUUCAGUGACGCGCUGCUGCCCACGAGCUAUCGGGUCGACAGUCUGGAGAAGAAGCCGCUGAUACACUUCGAUUACGACAUGGCCACCGGGGACUUUUACUUCAGCGAUGACCAUAGCAUUUUCAGGAUGAACCUGAUAAAGGAUGACCAGCAGACCAAGAUAUUCAGCCUGGCCGGGGUGGACAACCACAAGAUCCGCGAUCUCGCUUUCGACUGGGCGCAGAACUGCAUUUAUUACGUUCAGGAGUCCCAGGCCGCCGCCUACAACCACACGAUCGGUAUGUUCAGCGUCCGGAAAGACUCGAGCAACCCGAGAAAGAAGAUCAUCCUGACCACGAGCUUCAAGAAGGAGCACUACAUAGACAGUCCGUUCUUCCUGCAAAUACACCCCGUGCACGAGUACCUCUUCUACACGGAACACAACGGCAACACCGACAACCUCGAGCGUCUAGGCACCAACGGCCGAGGCGCGAGGCUGCUCUCGGUGGUCUACGACACGAUGUUCACCUUCCUGACGCUGGAUCUCCGGCGCUCCAGAAUCUACUGGUCGAGCUAUGUCGAUACCAGUCUUAUCCGUAGCUUUGACCUCGACGGUUCCGAGGAACGAGUCGUGCAGGUCCGUGACGCGGUGAAGACUCCGAGCUCCCUGGCAGUCGAGGGCGACUGGAUGUACAUAGGUAACUACACGGAGAUCUGGAUGUUCAGCGAGAAGACCGGCGAGAACGCCACCAAGAUCGUUGCGCCCAGGUACGACGAGAAGGGCAAUCCGGAGUACCUCCACGGACUGGCGGUUUACGUCGAUGCUCUCAGGAGGAUCGACUGAGCGAUUAAACGAUACUUUCGAUACGCGAUAACAGUCGCUAGCUUAUUGGCGUUGAAUUUAACGUGAGACGUGCCAUAAUAUUAUACAACCAUUGAUGGGAUUAAUAGCUACACGUACAAUAUAUUUACACAAUUACUAAGCGUUACUGUUCGUGAAUUUCGACAGAAAAUUCUUUAUUACACACCCUGCAGGAUGACAACAAACUUUGCAUUUUAAUAUAAUGAUUGAUUGUACAGCGUUUUGAAUUCGUUCAAUAUAAUGUAAAAAUAUAUUUAUGUUUAAUGUCAAAGACUAUGAAAAAUCUAAUUAUUCAAUGCUGUUGGUCACUUGUUUCUAAGAACCAACCAUUCUCACACAAAUAAUAUCUAUUUUAUAUAAUACAAUAAAUUGUAAUUAUUUUGUAUCCAUCAAACGAGUUGUCUCAUACAUAAAAUAAAUUAAUUCAUCUAGAA